AGCCGCACUCCGACAGACCAAGCGACAGUGAGACCGCGCGCGGACAUCAGCGCGACAAAAUCCCCCCGGACGCACGUGGGACUCCGCCAUUAGGUAACAGCGCACGCGGGCCCUCCUCCACUGGCCACUGGCAGUCGCCGACACGCCCCACCGCACGCGCCUCUCUUCCUACAAUGGGGCCUCUCCGCCACGCCCGUUUCCUUUUAUGGUCCGCGGGCCGCCCCUCCCCCCGCCGGGUCCGAGACGGGCUCGAGCUCCGUACUUCGCGAUGUCCUGUGAAUGAACAUCCCCGGUUCGGGCACUUUUGGGGCCUUUUCAGAGUUGUCAGUCAGCAAAAGCGGCAGCCAGUUCAAACUAAGGUGACCCCAUGCGCCGGAGCUGAGUCAUUUGCCUCCAGAGACACGUAUUUGGAACACAAAAUGACAGCGAAACAUCGGAAAGGGAAGAGCAACCACAAGCACGACGAGAAUUCUUUGCGGCACGAUGUCGCGGAGCAGGAGGCGCGCGGCGGACACGGAGGCGCGCUGCUCUUCGUCCUGCUGCUCCUCGUGGUGGUCGGCGGCGCGAGCGGCGCCUGGUUCUGCCUCCAGCAGCAUCAGAGCGUGACCCACCUGGCCGAGAGCCUCGCGAGCGUGCAGAAGAACAUGGUGAAGCUGCAGACGCUGCAGGAAGAGACGAGAAACAGCAACGAAAAGCUCUUCAGCACUGAAAGUAUUGAGCAGCGUCUCCAUGCCCUCGAGGCAGCCCAUGCUCUGACUCAGAGGCAGGCAGGAGUAUCGGCCACAGAGCAGCUGAAGACCUCCGACCUCUCCGCCCAGGUUCUUGCCCUCCAGGGCGAGAUGAAGGCGAGGUUGGCAGAGGUACUGAAAGACACAACAGUAGACAAGCAGCUGGACGACCUUCAGAGUGCCAUACGGGCCAGUCAGGAGGAGCUAGAGGUGGCAAGACAGGAGCUGAGCGCGUUGCAGGCCUCUCAGUCGGAACAGGCCAACAGCCUUGCCAGGCUCUCAGAGGUGCUGGCCACUACUGAGUCCAGGCUGCAGCAGCGGGACAAGCAAGUCGAGGUGAUGGAGAGACAGCUGGAAGUUCAGGCUGUGGAACUCCUGGGUCUGAAACGGUCCCUGGUCCGACAUGAGACUCAGCUAGAGGCAAAUGCACAGGACAUUGCCCACGUGAAGGAGCUGCUGGAGGCGGAGAAUACCACGGUUAAGGAACAGCUUAGUGUGGUCCUCCAAAGCCUGAAGGAACAGAGCGCCACCAGCCAGAAUUUGCAGGCUGAGCUCCAGGCCCAGAUGGAGGCCGUCCAGAAGCAGCUGGAGAAGGGGAGUCAACGUGAUGUGGCGCUUCUGGUGGAGAAAACGGUGGCCUUGAACCCAGAGGAGGAGCAGGCAGACAAGCUUUCGAAAGAGGAGGAGAACAUAGAGGAAGAGACAGCCCCCGAAGACAAGGGGGAACAAGACGAACAGGAAAUGCCAGUGUCUGAAGCUCAAGAGCUGGAGGUUGUGGAGGGUGCGGAGGCCCAAGCUGAGGAUGUUCAAGAGGAGUCAGAACAUGAGGCUGUGGAGGGACAGGAACAAGAGGCCACAGAAGCACAAGAAGAGGAAGCCGCAGAGGCUCCGGAGGAAGAAGUAUUAGAGGAGCAAGAACAGGAAGAUGAUGGGUUACAUGAAGAAGAAUUCCUGGAGGAGAACCUAGUGCCCUUUGAGGAAGAAGUGCAGGUGCAGUCAGCCCCCAUUCUAGGCUCGUCUCCUUUGGAGGUGCAGGGCGAGGCCCCGGGUGCGGGAGACGAGGAGGACGACGAUGAGGGGGAAGAAGAGAGCUCAGUUGAACAGGAAUAGUAUGUGGAGCAUGUGCCAGCAGGAGGCGCUCUUCCACUCACGGCACCCACCCCUUCAUUCACUAGAAAGGAUGGACAAGAGGAGUCCUUUAGGCAAUCAGAGGGAAGGCAAUAAAGCCAGGGCACCUUUUCAACAUGGAAAAGCCGGAUGCGCCAAAUCACAGCAGUUCAAUUCAUGGCCUUGAAUUUAAAUUAUUGAAGAUUAUUUGAAAGGACUUGUAGAGGAAAGCAAUGGUGAAAAUUCGGGGCGCAGUGUGCUAAUACCAACCUCGAAAGCCUUAAUCCUUUUUAAGAAUCCAGUUUUCUUUAUACUCUUCUCCACAGAUGUCAAGUUUAAUUUUUCCAUUUCACAGAACGUAAAAUGGCCUGAAGAGAGCAGUGCCAGUUUCCACCAGCAGGGGGCGGCCUGAAGCCUCUGCGGUCAUAGUCGAUUAGAAAACACAAAGUGUGUGUAGUUUACUUGAAGAUGACUUUCCUUUAUUAUUAUUUCUUUCCUUUGCAUCUUAGAAUUUGUAUUAAACGGUAGAAACGGGUGUGAAAAAAAAUGUUUACACUUUUAAGCAUUAUGAUAUUGGUAUCAGAAAAGUAUGAGGUGAAAAGGUGUAACGACUGCUUCUUUAUUUUUUCUGAGUGCCACUGUGGUCCACGAACGAUGGGUAUUAAUAUCUUGGCUAGUCUUUUGUUCCUUUUUGUAGACGCAUAAACUCCACUGCAUUCAGCCAGGCCUGAGUUGGUACGUCAUGCCGAAGAGCAGAUUGCAGAGAAGUAUUUUAAAUAAAACGUGG